AAAGGAUAUGUUGAUAUAUGACCGAAUCUACAUUGCAAAUGACAGGCAUCAGUCCGGCGGAAUCGAUAAACGAGAGUAACCUGCGGGUCGAUUCUGCCAUGACAACUGAAGCUCACCUAUGCGAAUUCUAUGACGUAAUGCGACAUGGCGAGGAGAUUCAUUCUUAAUUAUAAAGGUUUAUUGGAGAUGCACCGAUUCCCGGCCCCGCUGCUCCAGGGUUUAAUUCUCUAGACAGCGGCCCCCGAUGACCCCACAUCUGUGAUGGGAUGUUUCGGGGAGAGCCACCGGGUGGCACCCUAUAAGGGUUCCGGGGGUGCGGCCCCGGAAUUCUGUGGGCCCCUCCAGAAGAGGUCGUGCCGUGACGUUGUGUGCCUGCUGGUGUUUGUGUGUAUGCUGGGAGGGACGGGGUACGGGACUUACCUGGCCUUUUACCUGGGGAACCCGGAUAGACUUAUCUACGGCGUGGACAGUUGGGGCAACGUCUGUGGUCAGCGAAACGGGCGGAUAGAGGGCGUGUCAAGGUCGGGGGAGGACUGCUCGGACAGGCGAAAUCUGUUUUUCUACGACAAGUCAAUAUUUGUCAACUACAUCCCUGGCUCUCACGUUUCCGUUGAUACGGUAGCUGUUUGCGUGAAGAGCUGUCCCACCAAAUCCCAGACAAAUGUGGCGGAUCUACAAACAUUCUUCAAUGACACGGGGACGAGCCUAUGUUGGUAUGACAUCCCGCGAGACUCAUUUUUUGACGGGAAUUCCAAUGGCCUUGACAAAUGUCCUAACCUACCGAUAGAAGCCCAAGAGUCAUUUCUGUUCCGGUGUAUACCCAAGUCUUUCAAUCAACCCUUUGAAAUUCUGACUGGGGCCAUUAAUGACAUCCUUAACAAAAUAGACCCCAAUUUCACAGAGAAAUGUGUGUCCGACCUCCAGAAAACCUGGCAGGAGAUCUGUUACCUGUCGGCUACAGCACUCGGUGUAUCGAUGUCUAUCGUGAUUCUGUUACGAUUUAUCGCCGGGAUCGUGAUCUGGUUGAUGGUCCUGUUACUGGGGAUGGGCAGUGUCGUGGGCACGGCUCUUUGCUGGUAUCAUUACUACGAACUGAAGGGAAACUCCAGUCAGGAGGAAGAGAGGAAUUGGCUGAUUGGCUCCAUCGUCGCUACUGUUGUCAUGGUGAUCGUGAUUCUGGUUUUGCUGGUAAUGCGGAAAAGAAUCGGUUUGGUCGUCCAGUUAUUUAAAGAAGCGGGUCACGUGGUUUCCAGUGUCCCGUUUUUGCUGCUGCUGCCGUUGUGGACAAUCAUCUGCUUUCUGGGAUUUUUAGCUUUGCUCUCCUAUAUCUUCUUAGCGGUGGAAUCUGCUGGCCAGAUAAACAUAUCAAACACAACGGGCUUUGUAUCUUUUGAAAAGGAUCAACCCUUGAAGAUCUUUCGUUGGUACCACCUGAUAGCCAGUGUCUGGAUCCUCCAGUUUAUCUUGGCCUGUGAGAGGAUCGUCAUGGCGGGGGCUGUAGCUAUCUGGUAUUUCCAGAGAGAUUCCGGAAUGCCAGUUUUUCCCAUCCUGUUGUCCAUCCGACGACUGGUCAGGUACCACCUUGGAUCCGCCGCCUUUGGAUCUUUUAUCAUCACCCUUCUGGUCGUUGUCAACUGGAUUCUUGGUUUCAUCCAUAAAAGAGUAAAGAACAGCACAGGUUCCGUAGGAGAUUUCCUGAUGAAGUGCCUCCGUUGUUGUUUCUGGUGCUUCGAGAACGCCAUAAGAUUCAUCAAUAGCAACGCCUACAUCGAGAUAGCCAUUAUUGGAGAGGGCUUCUGCAGCUCCGCCCAGCGGGCGCUCAAGAUCAUCGUUUCUAACUCUCUCCGCCUGGCCGCCAUCAACUCGAUAGGCGACUUUACGUUAUUCCUCGGCAAGGUCGGCACCGUCGCCGUGGUAGCAGUGGUUGGCAUAGAAAUAUUGGCAACGAGAUCGGACGUCAUAUACCCAUGGUUACCGAUCACAUUGUCCUGUAUAAUAGCUUUCAUCAUCGCCAGCUGUCUGAUUGGAGUGUACGAGCUUUGCAUCGACACCAUCUUCAUCUGUUUCUGCGAGGACUGCGAAAGAAAUGACGGAGUGGAGAAGCCCUAUUACAUGAGCACAGGGUUGCUGAAAUUUGUCACUGGAGCUCACAGUGCAAAAAAUAUAGAGGUCAAACGUAUUCACUUAAAAACUGAAGCCACGUGAUUAAUGACGUCACUUUCUAGAUAAACAACCACCGUCUUAUGUGGUUGCUUCACCAGCAACCAUGCUGUGCAUUUGAGUGUUCGGUUAGUGGUUUGUGACAACUGCUGUCGAAACCGAGGAGAUGGAAAUAGAACUUUAAAGAAGAAUGAAAAUCUGAUGCGUCUUGGAUAACUCUCUUAUUCUCAAUCUACCAUUUUCUUAUGAAGUGUAUACAACAGAAAUCAACCAGACUCUACUCUUUGUUAUAUAUUUGUGUAGUUUUAAUCUGAGUCUGUGUUUAAUUGUUACGGUGUAUGUUAAUCUGAGUCUGUGUUUAUUUGUUACGGUGUAUCUUAAUCUGAGUCUGUGUUUAUUUGUUACGGUGUAUAUUACUCCAAGUCUGUGUUUAUUUGUUACGGUGUAUGUUAAUCUGAGUCUGUGUUUAUUUGUUACGGUGUAUAUUACUCCAAGUCUGUGUUUAUUUGUUACGGUGUAUGUUAAUCUGAGUCUGUGUUUAUUUGUUACAGUGUAUGUUAAUCUGAGUCUGUG